CUUUUUCUAUCUAAAAGCAAGACAACAACUGAAAGUUAAGACUUUCAUAAGAGAUUCCUUUGCAAACUCAAAGCCUUGAAGAAGAAGAACAAGCAAUGCUUAUCUUCACCCCUUUGCAUUGUGAUCCAAAACCACAUCCUCCAUGAAAGCAUAUCUAAGCUUUCUUGCCUCCCCAUCACAUCAUAGAAGAAACCCUAAAAAUCCAACAUCAAAACCACCAUCCCCCAAUGUCAUUUCUCCAUAAACAUCUUGCAUACACUUCCAAUUUCUUUCAUCUCAAUUUCAUCAAAUGGAGAAUAUAGCUAAGCGACUAAGAAUUGAAUUUUUUGGGGAAGAGGAAGAACCAGUUAAGGAGCAUAGGCUACCUGUUCAAAAGGUUCCAUCUUUCAAAGAGAAGAGAGAGAAAAGCUGGUGGAGAAGGCAGCUCUCUGGCCUAAUGAGUUCCUUCGAUUCGAAUGAAAUCAGCGAGCCUGAAACAGUCAUGGCAGCCGUAGCAUACGCCAUUACAACUCUCGAAGAAUCAGAAUCUCAGGUGAAGAGAAGGUUUAGUGAGAGAAAGGACGCCCGUUUUAUACCCACCAAGAGCAAGAAGGACGAGGGAUUUACGACACCCACAGGUGAUGUUUCAGGGAGAAAACCAGAACCUCAAAGUGAUCGUAAAACGCUAGAAAAUAUCACUCUCCAAACAGACCCAACUGCUCGAAAGGCUCCAAUUUUCACCGAGAAAGAUCGAAAACCGACGAUUUCCGGCAACCAGCAGCAAGACACCAAGCUUGGAAAGACAGAUUCAAGCGUGCCUGACCCCUCAGUUUCCUUAAAACCCGCAGUCUUAAUGAAACCGGAGCGUAAAAAUACGACAGGGAGAGUGAAACCAGUGUCUGUCAAGGCGGGAGCAAAGGCUGAUGCUUGGGAGAAGGCUCGAAUGGAAAAAAUAAAAAAGCGGUACGAUAUGGACGUGUCGGUAAUCAAAGACUGGGAGAAGAGGAAGAAAGAGAAGGCAUAUGAUAGAUUACAUGAAAAUCAGCAAGCAUUGAUCGGUUUCCGGGAGUUGCAGAGGCAGCUUGAAGCGAAAAGCAACAAGGCCACAGGCGAGUACAACAGAGACAUGGAAAGGAUUGAAAAGAAUGCCAAAGAGGUGAGGAUCUAUGUUGAAGCGAAGAUGCUCAGCGAAGAGACCAAGACCAAAGACAAGGCCAAUAAGAUAAGGUCGACAGGUCGGAGUCGGUCAGCAUGUCGAUGCUUCUAACAGAAAUCACCAUCUCUCUCUCUCCUCCAUGGUUUGCAUGGAUCUUUAUAAUGGAGGGUCAAAAUUAUAGUUUGAGUGUAUCCAUUAAAGCUGAUAGGCAGGCAGUGGUUAUUAGUGUUGUGGUCCUCGGAAGCUUGUCAGUGGUGUAUAUUAACAACAAAAGUGAAUAAAAGAAGGAUGCAGUUGGUACAA